CGACGACGAGCGCAGAGGGCGCGGCCAUGUCGGCGCCGGCGAAGACUACCGCGCGCGUCCUCGCGUUCUCGGCGCGCCGGUCGAAUGGCGAGACGCGUCGCCCGCGCGCCCCGACACGCGCGACGCCAGCCUCCUCCUCAUCGACCUCCUCGUCCGAUGGCGAGGUCCCGCGGCGCGCCGCGCUCCUCGCGCCCGGCGUCCUCGCCGCCGCGGCGGCGGCGUCCGUCUCGGCCCCGCCCACCGCCCGAGCCGCGCUCGACCCGACGUCCUCGCUCACGCGCCGCGGCAUGGCCAAGUUCGUCCAGAACGACGUCGAGGGAUCCAUCGCCGACUUCGACCUCGUCGUCCAGAACGCGCCGAGGAUGGAACCUUACAUGUGGCAGCGCGGCUUGUCGCUGUACUACGCCGAGCGGUACGAGGACGGCGCCGCGCAGUUCCGCAAAGACGUCGCCGUCAACCCCAACGACACCGAGGAGGCCAUAUGGGCCUUCCUCUGCGACGCUCGCGAUCCGAAAAUCGGGUUUUCACGAGCGCGUUUGAUGCGCGUUGGUCCCGACCCGAGGCGGUACAUGCGAGCCGCGUACGACCUGUUCAACGCCGGCGACGCCGCAUCGGACGUCGCGCUCGAGGACGUCGCGUCGCUCGGCCCCGUCGACGAGUUUUACUCGCUCCUGUACCGGGGGCUCUGGAGGGAGGCGGCUGGGGACGUCGCGGGCGCGAGAGAUUUGAUCGUUGAAGCGACGCGGACGCAGUAUGCGAACCGAUCGGGGGAUUACAUGGCGGCGCUGGCGCUCGUGCACUGCAAGCGAAGGGGAUGGGCGACGUGAUGAGAAGUACGUUAGGUUGUACGUUGCGAGUAUUAAGUGUUAUAUUAUAUUAUACGAAGGU